AUGCACUCCUUUACCUCCAUCCUCACCUACGCUACCCUCUGCUUCGCCGCAGCUUCCGCCGUACUUGCCGGGCCUGUCCUCACUCAGAGUGAUAUCGUUCGCCGCUGCGGCUGCGAGGAGUCGUCCAUCCCUGGCGUCUUCACCGGCCUUCAAAUCGAGCUCGAGGGCUUCCUCCACCCAAUCAUCUGGGGGACCACCUCCAACGUAACUGUCGAUGUCGUCACCAGUGCAUUCGGCUCGGUGACGUCCAGCCUACACACUGCUAUCUCGUCGUGCCAAAAGCUUUCUGGCGAAAGCACCGAGAUCAUCCUCGGCGGCCUCGAGGUCACCACCGUCGCGUCGCUCAUUGCGGGUUCUGUCAACCUGGUCUUCUCCGCCUGCUCCGCUGUCAUUACCCUCGGUCUUGGUGGUUCUUGCUGGGCUAUCCUUAUUGCCUGCUGCACGGUUGUAGGCUCCCUCGUCUACACAUGCACCGGCCUCGCAUCCCAUCUCUCGGCCCAUAUUUCUGGAAGCCUUUCGUCGACGUGUACGGACCUCAUCUUGCAAUUCGGCCUCACCGCCCACUUCAGCGAGAUUAUCAGCACCUCCGUUUCCGUUUCCGUCUCCUCCAUGCACGACAUCUUCGCUAACCUCCAUGCCGAGCUCAUUGCCUGUCUCCACCCCAUCAUCUACGGGACUUCCUCCAACGUGACCGUUGGCGUCGUUACUACCAUCUUUGGAGAGGUCACCACGAAAUUGAACGGCGCCAUCUCGUCCUGCCAGUCUCUCUCUGGCGAUGCCGGCGUCAUCCUCGGCGGUGCCACUUCAACUGAGGUUGCGGUCGUAAUCGGCGCCUGCGUCAACGUCGUCUUCUCCGCGUGCUCCGCCGUCAUCAACCUCGGCCUCAGCGGCAGUACCCUCACCGCCCUCACGGCAUGCGCCACCCUCUGCGGCAGUGUGAUCAGCACUUGCAUUGGCCUCGUGUCUGACCUCUCCGCCGGCAUUCAGGUCAACCUCUCUUCGACCUGCAUUGGCCUCAUCUCCCAGUUCGGCAUCUCCUCGAGCUUCAGCGGCGUCGUCAGCAUCGCCGCUUCUGUGUCCACAUCGUACUCCGGCAUGCACGCCAUCUUCGUCAACCUCCAGUCCGAGCUCGAGACUUGCCUCCACCCUAUCAUCUACGGCACCUCGUCCAACGUCACUGCGCACCUCAUCACUAGUGUGUUUGGCGAGGUCACGACCAAGCUCCAUGGCGCCAUCUCGUCGUGCCAGUCACUCUCCGGUGACUCGACCACCAUCCUCGGCACUUCCACCAUCACCACGGUCGCCGCCAACAUUGCCGGCUGUGUCAAUGUCAUCUUCUCUGCCUGCUCCGCUGUCUUCUCCCUCGGCCUCUCAGCCAAGUGCCUCGUCACUCUGGUCUCGUGCGGCAAGCUCACCGGCUCCAUGAUGAGCACCUGCACCGGCCUCGUCGGCAACCUCUCUGCCCAUAUCAAAAGCGGGCUGUCCCCCAAAUGCGUAUCCCUCAUCGGCAAGCUCGGCAUCACCAAACACUUCGGCGCCGUCCUCAGCAUCUCGUCCUGGCUCACCACCGCGCUCACUGGUGUCCUCGGCGUCAAGGUUGGCGCGUCCAUCCACUUCUAA